UUACUUUCUACUGAUAACUGUAUGUAAUAAAAUUUAAUAUUUUAUACCAUUUAGAAAAGGAGUAUGAAAAAUACUUUCCUAAACUACAAAAAAAAAGCAGCAAAACUGGGAGGGGGGGACACGACACACGAGCUUUUUUCUUGAAUGGUUUCAACAUGCAGUAUGCUCUGAACUACAGCAGCCUUUGCAGAACUUCGGUGAUCUCUAAUCAGUUGUUCUGAACACAGAUAACAUCCUUAUACAGCUUUUAAAAGGAGAAAAAAAAAAAAAAAAAGGGAUUUAAACCUCCCGAGCUGUUCUGUACUAACACAAAACAUGCCGUGUAACUCCCACAAAUCGGAAGAGAUCUGUGGAAGCGUGCAAAGGCUUGUUUCGCGUACCCGUACCCGAAGCAGCAGUGUCACGUAACAGACAGCUUCCCACGGCCAACCAGGCUGGCGCAGCCGCGCGUACUACGCGGCAUCUGGGCACGCCGAAGCAUUGGCUCCUCUCUGGGGAGUGGAAGGGGCUCAGUUAUUAAUGACCACUGAGCAGGCAGCACCAUGUCAGUGUGACAACCGAGCGGGUGAACGAUGCACCACUAACCACCAUGGAAACAAGGAGAAAUAAGAAGAGCUAGCGAGCAUCCCUCUCUCUUCCCCCCCCCCCCCCCCGCCCCCGCCGCCUCUCUCCGCUGGAUUGCGAGCCUCAGCCAGCCAGGCAGCAACAGCGCUCUGGCAAACGUAAGGGAUCUCAGCUGGCAGCACAGAGAGUCUCUCAUGUUGUAGGAUAUCAAUAGAUACAUCUUUGUAUUAUAUACUGUUAGACGCACGCACACCAACUCACACACACACAUACAUGAAUGCACAUCUAUUCUGACUCUGGCUUUAAUACAAGUAUGUGGCUACCUGAACUAAGGAAUCAAAAUUACCGAGAUGCAAGAACUCCUCCAGAUCUGAAACUACUCUUAUCAUAGGUGUAACAGUACCUCAGUAUCCCUUCAGAUGAAAAAACAUUCAGUAAAGUCCAUCAGCAUGGAUCUGCGAUUCAUGCAUCAGUGAAAGCCAGAGAGAUUUUACUUACACCAUGAAAAAGACAGGUCAUCCUGUCAUUCCUGCAAACACUAAUCAAUCAUGGGAUUUGAAGUUAAUACUACUAAAUAAAUGAAUUGCUUAAUCUCCUAUGACCAUCUAUACAUACUUCAUCUUCACAAAGCUUAUCAAUUUUAUGUCAUCAAGGACAGAGUGACCUUCAUUUCCACAAAAUGCCUCUUACUACUGGACAAGUUGGUUACAAAUUUAUCACUUAUCCUCAGGAAGAAAGUCCUUCACGAUCAUCAUUUGACAAAUGCAAGUGUGUGUAUUAUCAAUUGACCAGGUCAUACUGAAUUCCAUAACCACAAUUGUGGAAUACGAAAGGGUGUGUUACUUUUCUGAACAUUUGAGCUAAGAUGAAGGACAUGCAACUCAAAAUCAAUUUUCUACUUGGCUUAGUUAUCACUGCACUAGUACAAGCUGUAGAAAAAAAAGCAGACUGCCCAGAGUCAUGUAUAUGUGAGAUCAGACCAUGGUUCACCCCCAGGUCUGUGUACAUGGAGGCUCCCACAGUGGACUGUAACGAUUUAGGCCUUUUUAAUUUUCCAGCCAGACUGCCUGCUGACACACAGGUUCUACUUCUACAGACUAACAAUAUUGCAAAAAUUGAACAUUCAGUAGACUUGCCAGUGAAUUUAACUGGUCUAGAUUUAUCUCAGAACAAUUUAUCCUCAGUGACCAGUAUUAAUCUUAGAAAGAUACCACAGUUGCUUUCAAUGUACCUUGAAGAAAACAAACUUACUGAACUCCCUGAAGAAUGUCUCUCUGGACUCCACAAUUUACAAGAGCUUUAUAUUAAUCAUAACCUGCUUUCUGUGAUUGCACCGGGGGCUUUCAUCGGCCUCAAUAAUCUUCUCAGACUUCAUCUCAACUCAAAUGGUCUGCAAAUGAUCAACAGGAAGUGGUUUGAAGCUACUCCUAAUCUUGAAAUUCUCAUGAUUGGAGAAAACCCAAUAAUCAGAAUCGAAGAUAUGAACUUUAAACCUCUUAUCAAUCUGCGCAGCCUAGUUUUAGCAGGCAUAAAUCUCACUGAAAUACCAGAUAAUGCUCUGGUUGGCCUUGACAAUUUAGAAAGCAUCUCCUUUUAUGACAACAGAUUUAUCAAAGUGCCCCACAUUGCUCUUCAAAAGGCUACAAAUCUUAAAUUUCUGGAUCUAAAUAAGAAUCCCAUUAACAGAAUACGACGAGGAGAUUUUAGCAAUAUGUUGCACCUAAAAGAGUUGGGAAUUAAUAACAUGCCUGAACUUAUUUCUAUAGAUAGUCUUGCUGUUGAUAAUUUGCCAGAUUUAAGAAAAAUAGAAGCUACCAAUAACCCCAGAUUAUCAUACAUUCAUCCAAAUGCAUUCUACAGACUUCCCAAGCUGGAAUCGCUCAUGCUCAACAGCAACGCGCUGAGUGCCCUGUACCGCAGUACAAUAGAAUCCUUGCCUAACCUCAAAGAGGUUAGUAUACACAGCAAUCCCAUUAGAUGUGAUUGUGUCAUCCGCUGGAUUAACAUGAAUAAAACAAACAUUCGCUUCAUGGAGCCAGAGUCCCUGUUUUGUGUAGACCCUCCUGAAUACCAAGGACAGAAUGUGAGACAGAUACACUUCCGGGAAAUGAUGGAAAUCUGUCUCCCCCUGAUAGCUCCUGAAAGUUUUCCAUCUGCUCUGGAUUUAAAAACUGGCAGCCAUAUUUCCUUGCACUGCAGAGCAACAGCAGAACCAGAACCUGAAAUCUACUGGAUAACACCAUCAGGACACAAACUUUUGCCUAAUACUAUUUCCAAUAAAUACUACAUUCAUUCUGAAGGAACAUUAGACAUAAGUGAUAUAACAGAAAAAGAAAGUGGCUUAUACACAUGUAUAGCAACAAAUUUAGUUGGGGCAGACCUAAAGUCAGUCAUGAUUAAAGUGGAUGGCUCAUUCCCUCAGGACAGCCAUGGAUCUUUGAACAUUAAAAUAAAAGAUAUAAAAUCUAAUUCUGUUUUGGUUUCAUGGAAAGCAAGUUCUAAAAUUCUGAAGUCCAGUGUUAGAUGGACAGCCUUUCUGAAAGCUGAAAACUCUCAAGCUGCACAGAGCGCUCGAAUACCAUCUGAUAUAAAGGUAUAUAAUCUUACACAUCUAAAUCCAUCAACAGAAUACAAAAUUUGUAUAGAUAUUCCCACUGUCUAUUCACAGAAUAAGAAAAAAUGUGUCAACGUAACCACAAAAGGACUGGACUUGGCAAUGAAAGGCUAUGAAAAGAACAACAUAAUAGGAUUCCUUGCCUGCCUUGGUGCUCUUUUGGGAAUCAUCUCUGUGAUAUAUCUCUACAGCUGCAUCUCACAAGAGAUGAACUAUGACGUUGGACACAGCUCUCUAAAGAAUUACCUGAAGAAACAAUCCUUUUCACUCAGUGAGCUUUAUCCUCCUCUAAUCAGUCUUUGGGACAUGGGCAAAGAAAAAAGCACCGCAAUGGAAGUAAAAGCAACUAUAAUAGGAGUACCAACCAAUAUGUCAUAAAUAAGUCACUAUAUCACUUAAUUUCUGAAAUAAAAAGCACAUGACUGCAUUUGUGCUGAAUAAAAAGGCAGCAAAAAAAAGUAUUUCUUUUAGGAGCUAGACACCUGGACUUAGCUGCUGCUGACAAAUGGGAAUAGGUACUGACUCAGCAUACGAGAAGAAUUUUAACUAACUGGCUUCUAAGGGUAUUCUACCAACCAAAUACAACUAACUUCAUUUUCUAGAACUUUCAUGGGACUUUUAAGUCUGGAAUACAGUGCAAGUAGCCAAGAACAUUUUCUGUAAUUUUUUUUUUAAUUAUUAUAUAAAAGUAGUGGAACUGAGCAAUACCUCCUCCUGUGCUGUAUUACACACACUAGCCACGAGUUUUUGCAGUGAACAGAUAUACUAGGAUUGACACAUGGUGUAAUGAAAUGGACAAAUUCUGUAGAGUAGACACAGUGAGUAUGUGAAUUUUUUUUAUGAGGAAAAUACAUUUUUGAUUAAAAUCAAAAUAGUUUUUGGCUUGUUUGUUUCUAAAAAACCAAAACAUUCUGGGAGCUCGUGUCUGGGAAUAAACAAACUCAUUCUAAUGUCUGAUAAAAUAUCUCCUUACAUAUUCUCCUGUUAAAACUCCAAUCUGAACAUAUAGGAUAUUUUAGCUGGUUAGGCUGUAUAACUGCAAUAAACCACACAAUUAAAUAUUUUCAUAAAGUACUUACUCAUAAUAAUAACAAUGAUAUUUUACACUUUGCUUAUUGUGGGAGGAAGAAGAGAGAAGGAGGGUGGGAAGGAGUCGUAAGACUGAUAGGGAAAUAGAUUGUUAGCUACUGAUAACAGCAAAUUUUGAGCUGCUUUGGUAUUUUCCCAGAAGCCUGAAAACUGAAUGCAAUGUUUAGACACAGAUAAUAUAAGUCCAAUAUUUUGUCUUCAGUCAAAAGGGUAAUUCACUUAUUAAUAAUGUCUAAACUUGAGGCUGGCCAUACAGGGAACUCAAAUAGCUUGAACAGUUUAAAUGAUAUUAAGGUUUUCAUUCUGGACCUGCAAAUUUCUGUUCAGCAAUAACAACUGACUAGUUUAUAAACCUCCUCAGCUUUUACAAUGUAACAAGCAAUAAAUGACUGACAGAAACAUUAUUAGUAGAAAUGAACUGAAACAAAAUGAAAAGAGAACAAUAAAUACCUGACUACUCAUAUUGAAGCUGAAGUUCUCACGGGAGUAGGACUGGGCCCAUAAGCAGCAAAUGUGCACAAGAAGCUGCUGAUCAGAAUGUUGAUUACAAGCUAAACCCAGUUCUGUUAGGAUGGAAAAAGUGACUACUACUAAGCCCAGUAAAGACAUCUGACCAUUAAGAUACCUGAUGAAAAGAUGUGGUAUCUCCUUAUGAAGAAAGCAACAGUAAAAUUUUUGUGUCAUUUUGGUUCAUAUAUAUGAAAACAAAUAGGAAGAAUGAAAAAAAAUUGUUAACCCUGAAUAUUGUGCUUAAGGAAGUAAAUAUUCACAGAAUGCAUAGGUAGCUUGAAUGACAAAGUAAAAAUAGGAGUAACAAACAUUUCUUGUAAGCCUUUAGUAGACUUUAACAUUCUUUAAACUCUAUAAUAAGAUAUAUUUUAUCUUUCUAGCCUUGGCUGAAGUAAACAUUUCUGUGGAAUCACUGACA